AAAGAGUUCUUUGAUUUGUUGCGAAAGCAUAGAGAGAUAACAAUACACACAUAUAUAUAUAUAGAGAGAGAAAUUUCUCAGUUUUGAAAAGGGGAUUUGAAACUGUUUGUUUGUCUCUGGUACUGAAGAAAUUAAAAGUUGAAUGAAAUGAAAUUGAACACAGAAAAAAAUAUGGAGUGGCCUACAAUUUUGGAUGAAUAUGAAAAACUUGUUUUUCGUAUGACUACUCCCAGAGUCAUGAUCGACAAUGCCGGUUGUUCAAAUGCCACCCGCGUUAUGAUUGAUAGUGCUAGGAAGCAUGGAAUUCUUCUUGAAGCAGUUCAAGUUCUCACGGAUCUCAAUCUUUCAAUCAAGAAAGCUUACAUCUCUUGCGAUGGUCAAUGGUUUAUGGAUGUUUUUCAUGUUACCGACUUGGAUGGUAACAAGUUAAUGGACGAAAGUGUCAUCAGUUACAUCAAACAGUCACUUGGGAGAACCUAUUAUGCAAAUUCGAAAAGUUAUGAUGGCUUGACAGCCCUGGAAUUAACUGGGACCGAUCGUAUUGGCCUUUUGUCGGAGGCUUUUGCUGUACUAUCAGAUUUACAGUGCAACGUUGUUGAAGCUAAAGUGUGGACUCACAAUGGUCGAAUUGCCUCCGUGAUAUAUGUAAAGGAAAGCCAUACGGGGUUCCCCAUUGAGGAUUCCCAGAAGAUUGACAGAAUCGAAGCUCGUCUAAGGAAUGUGCUUAAGGGGGAUAAUGAUAUUCGUAGUGCUAAAACAUCAGUUUCUAUGGAUGUCACACAUACAGAAAGAAGACUUCAUCAAAUGAUGUAUGCAGACCGUGAUUAUGAAAGAAAGCUGGUGACUAGGACUAGCAAUGACGCCCCGAUAGUAUCGGUCAUGAACUGCUUGGAAAAGGGUUACUCCGUGGUAAAUAUUCAGUGCAAAGAUCGAACUAAGCUUCUAUUUGAUCUUGUUUGCACGUUAACAGACAUGCAGUAUGACGUGUUCCAUGCCACAGCUAAUACAGCUGCGGACAGGGCAUACUUGGAAUUCUUCACUAGGCAUACGGAUGGAAACCCAAUUAGUUCGGAUGCUGAAAAGCAGCGUGUUAUUCUAUGUCUACGAGCUGCAAUUGAAAGAAGAACAUCUGAGGGAGUGAGGCUUGAGCUAAGCACUGGAGACAAACAAGGAUUAUUGGCCAAUGUAACGAGAACUUUCCGAGAAAAUGGCCUAAAUGUGACAAGGGCUGAGAUAUCAACCACAGGGGAAUCGGCUCUAAAUAUGUUCUACGUAACAGAUGCAAGGGGGAAUCCAGCCGAUUCAAAUAUCAUUGAGGCUGUUAGGCAAAAGAUUGGAUGGAGUGACUUGAAAGUGAAGGAAUUUCCAUUGAUCAAUCAUCAAAAGGUUGAUACAGACGAGCCGACAGCUGGUGUAGGUGGGGCUAUGUUGCUGUCACUUGGUAGCAUAUUUAGAAGGAAUCUCUACAACUUGGGAUUGAUCAAUUCAUAUUCUUGAAGCAAGAAGAAUGAAUCUUAUCAUACCAACUUACCAAAAAGGAGAACGCGAGAAGUUUAUAUUCCUCCGAAUUCACACUAUGGAAGUCUCAAAGGACACCUAAUUUCGGUGGCCUGUAUACAUAGCUUAAAUAGAUCAGGAGGUCACGGGUUCAAGCCGUGAAAACAACCUAUUGCAGGCGGAUGGUAUUUGAGGCCACCUUUUGCCUACCAUAUUCAAUAGCUAGGAACAGUUAGAAUUUGAAACAUAGAGCAGGAGACAAAAGCAAUGUAACAUAAAGGUUGUUUGGCCAGGGAUGGGUUUACAACAACAACGACUCAAUUCCAACCAACUCGAGGUCGGCUUACAUGAAUCUUCAUUGUCUACAUGCUCCUUUUAACUAGGCAAUGGAUGGGUAUGCAACAAAUCCUCGGUCCCGAGAAAGUUGGGGUUGGCUACAUGAAAUUCACUAUCUAUAUCGCUCCGUUCAAGCAGACAGUGGAUGGUAUGAAACAACAAUGCUUUAAUCCCAAGCAAGCUGGGACCAGCACAUGAAAUUUUACUGUCUAUAUUGCUCCAUAAUAUUGUAAAGAACUUGUUACAGCAGAUAAAACUAUACUAAUUCGUGUAAAAGAUGCAUUUUGGAAAUUUUUGAAAAUUUAAAAAACUGCAAAAAGAUGUUUUUCAAAAUUUUCACUGAAAUCACUCACAAAACUUCAAAAAUAACCCAGACUGAAAUUAUGUCCAAAUACCACUCUAAAUUUCAACUACCAUUUUUACUUGAAAAAUUUUUUCACCAUUUUUUCGAAUUUUACAUUUCUUAUGUCCAAACGCCUACUAAAUGUUUAUUAUUGGAUACGAUUAUGAAGUUGGUAUUGGAUUGUCUGGCAAAGUAAAUGACUCCAAACUAGCACUUUUGUAAUUUGUCCGUUUAGAGCCAGCAAUUUCCUUGAGAAUAUAUGCUUUUGCUUC